AUGGGAGAAAAACAUUUCUAUAAUGAAACUUUCACAAUUACAAAGGAUGGUGAUUAUAGGAUCAUUAAUAUCAAAAGAUUACUAGGAACAACUUUCACACUAGGCUAUAGUGUUUUUAUUUUAUCAACUGCAGUGAUUGUAUUGAAUCAAUCAUACUCACUACCGGGAAUUGUUGCAAUAGGUAUUAAUAGUGGAUUAUUUAUUCUGCUAUAUUUUGCUGUCGAACAGUUUGUCACGCCAACAAGCUAUAGUUGGAAAGUUUUAUUUUCCUCAUUAAAAAGAACAUUAUAUAAAUUAAAAAAAAAAAUUUCUUGUAUAAAUAAAAUAUCCAAUGAACAUUCCAAUGAAUUGGUAUCUACAUCUGAUAUAUUUAAUGCAGCUAAAAGCAGUCUCUCUGGAAAUGAAUGGAGGUCUAGUGUUUUCGAUUAUGCAUUAGAGCAUUGUCCUAGUAUUCCUAAAGCAGCUUCUGAUGACUGGGUUGCAGCAAUACCUAAAGUUCAGAAGCAAAAAAUGGCAUCAAAGUAUUAUAUGGGUCAAUUUUCAUCAAUUAAGAACAGUGAUAUACAAUGCAAUGAGAAGUCGAAAUAUCCAAGUAUAAAUCAGAUCAUCAAUAAUAGUACAAAAUUUAUUAAAAGUGCAAUUGAUUUCUGUUUGUACCAAACUCAGACUCCUGCAUAUCAGACAGGUUUAAUUGUUAAAUCAAUGUUAUGGUCAAGCGUCUACAUUUGGGCUACAACAAGAAUGUAUAGAGCAAAAAAUAUAGACUCUUGGAAUUUUCAGAAUGUACCUGAAUUUUAUUACUUUUUUGAGUCAACAUUCUUGUGGAUGCUUUCCUAUGAUUAUAUAAUAGGUAACUUACUUCAAAAAAGCACAAUCCGAUAUAUUUUCAGUUUCUAUCAAAUAAUAGACUUUUUAUCAUUGCCUCCAUUUUUGUUAUUAAUCAUAAAUAUUAGCCCUUUAUAUGAGUCUAGUCAAAGUUGGCUAUUAUUAUUUGGAUGGCUAAGAUUUCUUCGUCUAUUUAGAACUGAGACAGUGUUAGAUACAAUUUUUCCAAGAAUAUCUGCAGUUAAAAGACGUAUAAUAGGUAUUUUUGCAGGUGCUUCAACAAUUCUUCUAACUUAUGCUGGGGCUAUAUUUACAAUUGAGUCUCCAGCACCGAAAAAUUACUCUACACUAUUUGAUUUCUUCUAUUAUUCGGUUGUUACAAUUGGUACUGUUGGAUAUGGUGACUUUGCACCUCAGACAAGAGAGGGAAGAUUAGUUACUAUUGUAAUGAUUACACUUACAUUGGUUUUACUACCUCAAGAAUUUCAACGUUUGAAAGAGGCAUUGAAUGCUCCAUCACUUUCAGUUGGUUCAUUUAUUAAGAAGAAUGAUAGAUUUCUAUGUAUUAUAGGACCUAUACCACCGAAACAAUUAUUAUAUACCAGUAUAUAUCUCUCACAACAAAAAAAAAGAAAAUUUCGUUCAAUUAUGGUCAUUACUCCUAGAAGUGUCAGUGAAUAUCAAAUGGUUGUUAAAAUAUCACAACAGAGGCGUUAUAUAAGAAUAUUUAUCAAACAUGGAACUUUUAAUUCUACUAUAAGUUCAGUACUAUUCCGUUGUUCAAUGGUGAUCCUUUAUGGUGAAGGUAUAGAAAAUAUCUACAGCUUAAAGAAUAAGACUGAAAAACAAAAUGGAGAUUUCGAUGCACUUAUUUCUACCUUAUGUUUGCUAAAACUUUCAGGAAUAAAAGAGAAGUUAUUUUUAGUAUUUAGAUCUUCUCAGCUAGCACUAAUGACAUUUAACAUUGGUGGUCUAGGUGUUAUUUCUACUGAAGCAAUGAAGAUGAGAUUUCUUGGAAAAUCACUUGGAAAUUGUCCUGGAUUUCUAUCUUUAUUGGUGCAUUUAUUAAUUCCAAGAAAUGAGCCUAUGUUAAAAAAAAUACAAGACCCCCCACAAUAUACACAGUUAUUAAGCAAGCCUGAUAGGUCAGCAAUUAGUCCACUGGAUUGGCAAUGUAGAUGGAGAGGUUUGCAUUUCAAAGUUUAUACAUUGCAAUUCCCUGUAUCUUUCCAUGGUUAUCCUAUAAGUGUAUUUAUUAGACAUAUAUAUAAGUAUUUUGGGAUUAUUUUAAUUGGUAUAUAUUGUCCAAAUAUGAGCCAAGUAUAUUUGAAUCCUCAUUUAUAUAUAAUUGGUGAGAAUUCCAAUAGUCUAGGUGAUAGAUCUAAUUAUUUAGGGCUAGUUCUUUCCUCAAGUGAUAAAUUAGUCAAAAAAGCUGAAAAACUAGAACCUUUCAAAAAAUAUGAUAGAACUUCAAACAGUACUCUAGGAAGACGUAGCCAAUCACCUAUCAGAGAACUUUUUGGACAUGGAAAUAGUGAUAGCUUGAACAAAUUUAAAGGAAAUAUAAUGGGUUCAACUAGCUGUGAGGGAAAUGUCUCUGUAACGGGGUCAUCUAUAGAAUUACCAACUGGCAAUAGUUUGCGAUAUAAUUAUGCAAUCAAUGCUAAAGAACUUAGCACAAAUAUUGAAGCUUUUAAAAGUACUAAUAUAUUAGAACGUAUGAAUAGAGUUUUUAAAGAACAGGAUGAACUUACGAAAUUUAAUACCGUAGAUAAACAGUAUUUUGAUAUUAAACCAUCGUUAUGUUCUUCGCCUUUACAACUUUCGGGGAAUUUGGAUUAUCAAGUACAAGGGAAUCAUGACUCUGUAACUAUGAACAAAUUAUAUUCGUUGUACUCUUACCAAGAUAUAGAUAAGAAAUGGACUGAAUUUGGUACAGAGAGAAAUUUUGUUAAUGAAGAGUAUAAAAAUAAUAAUACUUUAAGAUAUGAUAUUUGUACUCAGCAGACUAAUUUUUGCAAUGAUAGCUCUGGAAAGAGUAAUAGAUCAAUCCCAAUUGUUUCUAGCUAUUCAGAUGCUCUAUUGAAUGUAUUUAUACAUAAAGAGUAUCCUCUUGUAGUAAUAAUUGGUUGGUGCACAGGAAUUGAUAUUCUUAUAAAAACAAUACUUAAUUUGAGAUCAUCUAAUUUCAUUGUACUAGCAUCAGAUGAAAUAAGUGUAUCUUCAUUUCUUGAAGAUUUUAAAGGGAGUAUAGCUCAUAUUAUUGGUUAUGGGACAAAUGCAGAUGAUCAAAGAAGGGCUGGUAUCCUUAAUGCUUCUAGGAUUAUUAUAUUCGAUUCUAUAGCAUCGAAAUAUGAACAAGAAAACUGUAAACAGAUGAUUGAUAUACAAUAUGGCAAGUUUGCCAUUGCUGCUUGGGCCACUGUUUGUUAUGUGUAUUCAGAAAGCUGCAAAAGAAGUAUAAAUUCGCCACUUAUGAUACGUCAAAGAUUACCACCUAUAAUCUUAGAUAUCCAAGAAACAGACAUUGGACUUUUGAUAUAUCAAUUUACAGAUUCUAAAGUACCAAGUGCAUAUAAUGUUGCUAGUAAUGUCUCGAUAAAUAGUGAGCAAAGUUCAUUGGAAUUUCUCUAUACUCCACAAUUCCUAAGUGGUCAAUUUUUUGUAGAAGAUAUUAUACACUCAAUAGUAACUUUUACAAUACCUCUUUUGGAAUUAAGUCCAAUAAGUAUUAGGUUGAUUGAUCAUCUAAUAGAUGGUCAGCCCUCUUGGCAACCAUUCAAUAACUCUAAGUACUCUACAGAAAGAUCAAGGGAUUUACGAUUAGAAGAAGUACCUCUAAUGUUUAUCCAUUCAACUUUUAACACUCUUUUUUCGCAAUUAUUACGACACGGAAAGUUAGCUAUUGCAAUAUACCGUCCUUUAACUAGUGAAACAAGAAGUUAUGAAGGUAUUUACCAAGAGCAUAUACCUACUCAAGUCCAGUGCACUGGAAAUGACUACAAUAUGCGCAAAAGUCCAGUUAUUGACUUGCUGAGUUGUGAAACACAUAUAAUAAUUCCAUGCCCUCCACCAAAUUUUAAAAUUAGCUUAGGUGAUUGCGUCUAUAUUUUGUAA